CGAUACUUUGUCCACCACUCACAGGACGUCAUCCGCAUUCCCCCCCCCACUACAGCAACCAGCCAAAUCCCCGAUUUCAAUCGCUUCCUGCUGCAACCUGCAUAACAUCCCACCCUCCAGUACUUAAGGCAACCCCGCCCCCCUCUCUCGCCCUCUAUCAGCCUUGAGUCUCCUCUGCUCAACUUCCAGCUUCCGCUCCAUGCAACCAUUCACACGUUUAGCAUUUGCAUCGCAAUUGACGUCCAAAGCUGCCCCGCUAAGAAUCGCCUCCUUCUCUAGACACCUUUCCACCACAUCUAGAACCAUGGCUCCCAUCGUCAAGGAGACCGACUACCUCGUCAUCGGCGGCGGUAGCGGUGGUCUCGGCUCGGCUCGCAUGGCCUCGUCCAAGUAUGGCGUCAAGGCCAUGGUUGUUGAGGGCAAGCGUCUCGGCGGAACCUGUGUCAACGUUGGCUGUGUACCCAAGAAGGUAACCUACAACGCCGCCGCCCUCGCCGAAGCCAUCCACGAAUCCAAGUCCUACGGCUUUUCCGUCCAGGAGACUGCUCCCUUCGACUGGACCACCUUCAAGACCAAGCGUGAUGCGUACAUUAAGCGCCUCAAUGGCAUCUACGAGAGGAACCUUGCCAACGACAAGGUUGAAUACGUCCACGGUUGGGGUCGUUUGACCUCGAAGAACCAGGCCGAGGUCACCCUUGACGACGGCUCCAAGAUCCUCGUCAACGCCAAGAAGAUCCUCAUUGCCGUUGGCGGUAGACCUACUCCUCCUCCUGCCAUUCCUGGCGCCGAGCUCGGCAUCAACUCGGACGGCUUCUUCGACAUUGACACACAGCCCAAGAAGGUUGCCAUUGUCGGCGCCGGAUACAUUGCUGUCGAAUUCGCCGGCAUGUUCAACGCUCUCGGAACCGAGACUCAUCUUUUCAUUCGCCACGAUACCUUCUUGCGCAACUUUGACCCCAUGAUCCAAGAGAGCGUCACCAACGAAUACCAGCGUCUUGGUGUCCACUUGCACAAGAAGAGCCAGACCACCAAGGUCGAGAAGGACGCCAACGGCAAGCUCACUGUCACCUACACGGAAGCCGGUGGUGCCGAGACCAAGUUGACCGAUGUCGACCACCUCAUCUGGGCCAUUGGCAGACAGCCUCUUACUCAGGACCUUGGUCUUGAGACCGCUGGUGUUAAGCUGAACGAAAAGGGCUACGUUGUCGUCGAUGAGUACCAAAACACCAACGUCGAGAACGUCUACGCCUUGGGUGAUGUCAGCGGUGGUGUUGAACUUACCCCUGUUGCUAUUGCCGCUGGUCGCCGCCUCUCUCACCGUCUCUUUGGCCCUGCUGAGUUUUCCAACCUCAAGCUUUCGUACGAGAACAUUCCCUCCGUGGUCUUCUCGCACCCUGAGGUCGGCAGCAUCGGUCUGACCGAGCCUGAGGCUAUUGAGAAGUACGGCAAGGACAACAUCAAGAUCUACAAGACUGGCUUCACAGCCAUGUACUAUGCCAUGAUGGACCCUGAGCAGAAGGGCCCCACCAACUACAAGCUUGUUACUGCUGGCCCUGAAGAGAAGGUCGUCGGUCUUCACAUUAUGGGUCUGGGCAGCGGUGAGAUGCUGCAGGGCUUUGGUGUUGCAGUCAAGAUGGGUGCUACCAAGGCUGACUUUGACAGCUGUGUGGCCAUCCACCCAACAAGCGCUGAGGAGCUGGUUACUCUGAAGUAAGCGUAUUGUCUGAAUUGAUUAAGCUAAUAAAUGUAUAUAUAUCUAAAUAAAGGAAGAUAAAUCAUGUUAAUCUACGCUUACGUCAUGCAUGAGUGAUUGAAUACAGAUCGUAAUUGCAUGUGUCUUGUUAUUAUGAAAACCUCUACGGUUUAAUAAACUUGGUCAUGAGGAAUUGAGGUUCACCACAACGUGACCCUUUGGCAACUUCAACAAGUCCAAGAGAGGAGUAGAGGGGAUACCCAGAUGGAGUUGCUAUAAGCCAGACAUCUUGGUUGCUGGCUACUGCUUGGUCCAGACCCCAGAGUGUUAACAUCUUACCAACGCCCUUACGACGAUGGUUGGGAUCGACACCAAUUGCACUUAGCGCUUCGAUUAAAGUUCCGUAAGCAAUCGCUCAAGCAGUAUCUAACUUUGGUUUGCAUAAAAAGUGACUUACUCCACAUAUCCGCACGAUCUUUAUCUUGAAACGCACUAGUUCCAUUGGUCAUGAGGUUCUCGAUUUCUGCAUUUGCAGCUUGAACAGCACCCAUAUCAACAUAUGCCGGUAUGUUAGGAGAGCUCUUUUGGUCCGUAUCUUUUGCUUUGUCGGCAUUCUCUAAUGUCAGAGCGUCGCGUUUUCGAGGAGGUGUCCAUUGUGCACAGCCAACGACACGCUCACCCAGUCCUUCGGCGCCGUGGUCGACGGCUACAAUCCAUCGUCGCGCCGUGGAUUGAAUUGCCGGUCGUAUCUGCUCUCUCAAAAACUCCUUUUGAUCCUCAGUGCCUGGUUUUACACUUUUCGAGGCUGGAAACAUGGCAUUGCGAAACGGAGUAUCGAGA